AUGACCAAAUCGCAGGAUCAAUACAAUCCAGAAACCAAAUAUAGUAGACAACCAACAACACUGAGGCAUCCAAGAGUUCGACGAACGAACCCAGUAGUAUGGUUUGCUGCAGUUUUGUGCCUCAUAUUCAGCGUCAUCCUCAUCGUCUUUGGAAUCGCAACGCUGAUCAUCUUCCUCACCGUUAAACCGCGAAACCCUAUUUUCGACAUCCCCAAUGCGAGCCUCAAAGUCGUGUACUUCGACUCUCCACAGUAUCUGAACGGAGAUUUUGUCCUGCUCGCGAAUUUCACGAAUCCUAAUAGGAAAAUCGACGUGAGAUUUGAAUCUGGCGACAUUGAGCUUUUCUUCGCAGACAGAGUCAUAUCCAGUCAGGCGAUUCAGCCGUUCACGCAGAGGCGAAGGCAAACCAGGUUGCAACCGAUUCACUUCAUCUCAAGCUUGGUGUUUCUGCCUGAGGAUCUAGGGAUAAAGCUUCAAAGGCAGGUUCAGAGCAACAGGGUGAACUGCAACGUGAGGGCAACCUUUAAAGUAAGAGCCAUUGUUGGUUUCAUCCAUUUGUCUUUCCGGAUCCAUAGCACUUGCCAGAUCGAGAUGACUGGUCCACCGACUGGAGUUCUAAUAACCAGAAUAUGCAUAACAAAGCGAUGA